UUGCAUCAGCUGGUGUAUAUAAACAACGAUCUUCGCGUUGCAACAUCAGUUCGCGAAAAUGUAACUUGCAAAACAAAACGACGUUAGAUUUGCUGAGAAAUGGAAUCGUAAUGAAGCAGAUCAACUCCUACAGACAGAACACAGAAGGCGAGAAAAUGACGAACUCUGUACAAAACAUAAACAUGAACCACAACGCUUCCAUGAUGCGCCGGCAGAAAAAACGGAGUACACGGAGUAAUUUUAACGGGUACUACCCGCAGCGUCCCCCGAACUCCGGGCAGGAUGGGUUGCGUGCCCUUCGCUGCUGGCCAAGCGAAGGCUAGGCCUAGGCAUCGAACCAGGCACAGCAAAUCUCGGUUCCAUACCCAAAAUAAGAAUCAAGAAGGACAAAUUAAGGUGCAACAGACACCUUGUAAUAUUUAUCUGGGAGAGAAUUUCGCUACCAAGUUGCAGGCGGCCUUCCAGUUCGAGAGAUCUCUCCAACAAGCCGACUUUGAAGACGGUUUUGUGCAGUGCAGGUUCGAUCCUUUCAAGCGAUAUCAUGAGAUGACUUUGUCAGGCAUGGCAGCGAGAAUGAAGGAGUGCCCCAAUGCAGGUGGAGAUUCAGUCGAGUCUGAAGUGUUGAGCUUGGAGUUGCUCCAUCGCUGCUUCGGAGCCAAGUUGUUGAAGACGGAGAUGGAGGUCAAAUACUUCCCGUACGGGGGCUCCAUCGUAGACUACACCUGUGAGAUGUUUGGGGUCAGUUUGGGCGUGUCUGUUACCAGGGCGAUGAAGUACAAGGGAGAGUUUGAGAAGGAGGAUGCAGAGAAGUUGUUGGGCAAGAAGUUGAGGGGUAUCGUGAACGCUACCCAGAAUGCAUUGGACAAAUGGUCCAAACAGAUCCUCCACAUUUGGGCGACCUCCUCCAAGGUCGCUGAUGUCUUAACCUCUGUUUACCGUGACCUUUCACCUCAGUUGAGAAUCAAUACUGUUGUAUUGGUUACCAUAGUAACCACUCCCCAGCAUUCCUUGUUCAAGAACUCAAGAUGACCCAAGCUAGAAUCUGUCGAUAGAAUAUCAUUUUCCUGGAAAUCUAUCUAGUUUUCCUUCUGCUCUUACACCGAUCUGUUGAAAUAAUGUAUCUCUUGAAUAUUAAGUUUCUAUUACAUGUAUACAUUCUGACACUACCAUGUUAUGUGAUAGUGAUAAUCAAUAUUUUUUGAAAUAUUACUAGAGCUUUCAUGUUUUAUAUCCAUUUUGAUAUUUUUUUACCUAGUAUUGUUUUGUAAAAAUCCUAUGCAAAUUUCUAAGAAAGCUGUAAUCUUUUAAAAAUUGGUAACUCUUCGUGCUUUCAUGUUCUGUAACUUUAUGCAAUUUUUUUUAAAGAGGUUGAACUUUUUACCAUGUGACUGAAGCACACAUGCAUGCUAUGGUAUGAAAAAUAACAUUUGGUGAAAUUUUUUCGUCACAAUUGUAUGCGAAUCUGAUCAGUGCGAAUAUGAAAUAUUCUUUUAAUAGCAGCAGGGACUAGCAUUGUAGGCAGCCCCCACAAAUAAAAAAAAAAGAAAAGAAAAUGCAAUAAAUUAUCAAUAAUUCAUUGCAUUUUGCCCCUAUCUCAAACAUAACAAAAAUCCUCUGUGUGGCCAUGCCUUGAACCAUAAUGCAUGGCCUAUAAUUUGUAUAGAAGGUCAUCAAUGGUCUAAAUUUGUGCAAUAUUUGUAAUUUCUAAUGAGAUUAUAUAUGUUUUAAAAUUAA